AUGAUGGCCACGUCACAGGAUUAUUUUGGCAAUCCGUACGCCCUCUUCCGCGGACCGCCCACCACAUUGAGGCCGCGGGAGUCGCCGCUGGGGGUGGGCCACCCUCACAGUCACGGGCACAUGCACAGCCACGCCCACGCCCAUGGGCAUGGCCACGCCCACUCGCACUAUGCGGCCUUGGACUUGCAGACGCCGCACAAGCGGAACAUCGAAACGGAUGUGCGGGCUCCGCCGCCGCCAUUGCCGCCGCCGCCGCUCCCGCUUCCGCCCGCAUCCCCUAGGUACAACACUGACCAAGGAGCGAUGGACCAGCAAUUCUGCUUGCGCUGGAACAAUCAUCCCACAAAUCUGACCGGCGUGCUCACCUCUUUGCUGCAGCGGGAGGCGCUAUGCGAUGUCACGCUCGCCUGCGAGGGCGAAACAGUCAAGGCUCACCAAACCAUACUGUCAGCCUGCAGUCCGUACUUCGAGACGAUUUUCCUACAGAACCAGCACCCACAUCCCAUCAUCUACUUGAAAGAUGUCAGAUACGCCGAGAUGCGCUCCCUGCUCGACUUCAUGUACAAGGGCGAGGUCAACGUGGGUCAGAGUUCGCUGCCCAUGUUUCUCAAAACGGCCGAGAGCCUGCAGGUGCGUGGUCUCACAGAUAACAACAAUCUGAAUUACCGCUCCGAUUGCGACAAGCUGCGCGAUUCGGCGGCCAGCUCGCCGACCGGACGUGGUCCGAGCAACUACACCGGCGGUCUGGGCGGCGCUGGGGGCGUAGCCGAUGCGAUGCGCGAAUCCCGCGAAUCCCUGCGAUCCCGCUGCGAACGGGAUCUGCGCGAUGAGCUGACGCAGCGCAGCAGCAGCAGCAUGAGCGAACGCAGCUCGGCGGCAGCAGCGGCGGCGGCGGCAGCAGCAGCGGUAGCCGCAGCCGGCGGUAAUGUGAAUGCGGCUGCCGUCGCCUUGGGGCUGACCACGCCCACCGGCGGCGAACGAUCUCCGAGCGUGGGCAGUGCCAGCGCAGCGGCGGCAGCAGCGGCGGUUGCUGCAGCGGUUGCAGCGGCCGCCAAUCGAAGUGCCAGCGCCGACGGAUGCAGCGAUCGCGGCAGCGAGCGGGGAACGCUCGAGCGGACGGACAGUCGCGACGAUCUGUUGCAGUUGGAUUACAGCAACAAGGAUAAUAACAAUAGCAACAGCAGCAGUACCGGCAACAACAACAAUAAUAACAACAACAACAACAAUAGCAGCAGCAACAACAACAACAACAAUAGGGAGCGCAACAACAGCAGAGAGCGGGAAAGAGAAAGGGAGCGGGAGCGUGAGCGUGAGCGGGACAGGGACAGGGAGCUGUCCACCACGCCGGUGGAGCAGCUGAGUAGUAGUAAGCGCAGACGUAAGAACUCAUCAUCCAACUGUGAUAACUCGCUGUCCUCGAGCCACCAGGACAGGCACUACCCGCAGGACUCUCAAGCCAACUUUAAGUCGAGUCCCGUGCCCAAGACGGGCGGCAGCACAUCGGAGUCGGAGGACGCCGGUGGCCGCCACGACUCGCCGCUCUCGAUGACCACCAGCGUCCACCUGGGCGGCGGUGGGGGCAAUGUGGGCGCGGCCAGUGCCCUGAGCGGUCUGAGCCAGUCGCUGAGUAUCAAACAGGAGCUGAUGGACGCCCAGCAGCAGCAGCAGCAUCGCGAACACCACGUGGGCCUGCCGCCCGAUUACUUGCCGAGCUCCGCCCUGAAGAUGCACGCGGAGGACAUGUCGACGCUGCUGUCGCAGCACGCGAUGCAGGCGGCAGAUGCGCGGGAGGAGCACAACGAUACCAAACAGCUGCAGCUGGACCAGACGGACAAUAUCGACGGUCGCGUCAAGUGUUUUAACAUUAAGCACGACCGUCAUCCGGAUCGGGAACAGGAUCGAAAUCUGAAGCACGAUUCAGGCGUUGGCGAAGUGCUCGUGGUGGAUCGCGAUCGUGACAUGGAUGCGGAGGAGGAACCAGAGCCGGAGGAUAUUGAGGAGGCAGCCGCCUACCAUCAUGCCACGCCUCCCAAGUACCGAAGGGCGGUGGUGUAUGCUCCUCCGCAUCCGGAUGAGGAGGUAGCUUCCGCUUCGGGAUCGGAGAUCUAUGUGGACAGUGGCUACAACUGCGAGUACAAGUGCAAGGAGCUCAAUAUGCGCGCCAUUCGCUGCAGUCGCCAGCAGCACCUGAUGUCCCAUUAUCCGCCGCACCACCCGCACCACCGAUCGAUGAUGGAAUGUCCGGCGGAGGCGGCCUACUCCCCACCCGUGGUGGCCAGCAGUCCAGCUUAUCUGACCAGCAACGGAGCGGUGCAGCAGUUGGAUUUGAGCAGCUACCAUGGAACCCAUCACCACCACCACCACCAUCAUCCGGCUCCCUUGCCACUGGCACCCGCACCACCCAGUAGUCAUCCUCAGAGCUCGCCGCACUAUCCAACCGCCUCGGUAUCCGUAUCGGGAUCGGGUUCGGGAUCUGGAUCGGUUUCAAUAUCAGGAUCGGUAUCUGCGGCAUCCGCACCACCUUCGGUGGCCACGUCGGCGAUCUCGCCGCAACCCAGCUCCAGUUCGAGUGGUUCCACUGGAUCAUCGGCCGCCGCGGUGGCUGCUGCUGCAGCGGCGGCGGCCAAUCGGCGGGACCACAACAUCGACUACUCCACCCUGUUCGUCCAGCUGUCGGGCACGCUGCCCACACUGUACAGAUGCGUUAGCUGCAACAAGAUCGUGUCGAAUCGGUGGCACCACGCCAACAUCCAUCGGCCGCAGAGUCACGAGUGUCCUGUCUGCGGGCAGAAGUUCACGCGCCGGGAUAAUAUGAAGGCGCACUGCAAGAUCAAGCAUGCGGACAUCAAGGAUCGAUUCUUUAGCCACUAUGUACAUAUGUGAUCACUUCUCUAGGCAGGCAAAACAAAUCAAAUCAAAAGUCAGUAACAAAAUGAAAGGUUUUCACUACUAAGGUGUUUUAAGUAACCAGCAACGUAUACGUAAUCUAGAGUGAGGAGCCAACAGCCAUCUUGGUUGGGUGUACAUCUACAUAUAUCUAUUUAUAAACCUUAUAAAGAAAAAAACCAGAAAAAAAAAAAAAAAAAAAAAAAAAAGAAACCUAUGCUACACGUAGUUGAUUUCAAGACUUUAAACUACUUAUUGUUAAAUCGUCUGAACCUCUCUAGAUGCUUUUUUGUAGGACACUAGCAAACCAAAUGGAUUAUUAUAUCGAUAUAGCAAUACCGCGACCAGUACUCAGUGGAGGGAAACUUUGACAAGUAUUAUAUGUAGAAUUCCAAUCGAUUUCCGCGUCAGUUAUUAUUGUUUUAUUUUAAUACUUAACAUGUGCUGUAGUGAAUGUUGACUAAUUUUUCGUUCGUGUCAUUUUGUGCCAUAUUAGCUAAUCUCUCUUCUAGUCCAUAGGCCCUAAGGUCGCAAAAAGAUAAUUAAAUAAACGUAAAAUUCGUAUUGAUAAAGUAAAGUGCGAAAAAGCAACGAAAAUCGAGACUAUUUUUUGAGAAUUUCUCUCUACUUAGCUUUGUAGAACCACACAACUUUGUCUCACUACAAAUUAAAUUCGCUUCGAAAAUAUUCAGAUAGCGUCCAAUUUCAAAACCGAUUGGCCAGAGCCCCAGAGAAAAACCACGGGUAACUGAAGUUGGCCGCUCUCCUGAUCAAUAUCUUUGGCAAAACACCCACCGAAGUUGAUUGGAGUUGCUCUCAAAGCGAUUGAUAUUUGUUUAAAUUACCAUUAACCAUUGACGAUCAGUGCUUUGCUAAAGGACAAAUUCAAAUCAGAUUUUAUCGAAAACUGUACUUAAACAUAGCUAUAGACAACAAUCUAGCAAUGAAUCCAAUUAAUUAACACUUAAAUACAGAAUAUACAAGUACAUAUAUGUGAAACGGAUAAAUCAAUAUUUAACAUCUUUAACUUUACUUAAUAAAUCUCUUUCAAAUCAAA